AUGCCGGAGAUGCAGGGCGAAAAACGUCCACUGGAUCCAGAUCCGGAUGAUGAUGACGACGACGAUGAUGAUGAUGGAUUCGGCCCCAUGCCUGUUCCUGCACCAGCGCAGACAAAGCCAAAACGCAAAAAGGUGCUCAAAAAUGCCCACGUGUACUUGGACAAUUUGCCCAAGGGAGAGAUGUACGAGAAGAGUUUUAUGCAUCGAGAUGUGGUUCAUUUGGCAGUGUGCAGCAAUGCCACUGGCUUCCUCGUGACGGGCAGUGAGGAUGGUCAUGUCAAGUUCUGGAAGAAACAAUACGAGGGCAUUGAGUUCGUCAAGCAUUACCGGGCACAUCUAGGAAAGCUGCAAGCCAUGGUCAUUUCACAGGAUGGAAGGUUACUAGCCACCAUUGGCGAUGACAAUGCGCUGAAGCUUUUUGAGGUCACGUCCUUUGACAUGAUCUGCAUGAUCAAGCUGAAGUUCAAGCCACUUCAAGUGGAGUUUGUUCAUAAGAAGAAUGCCCCAACCUCGCUUGUCGCUGUGUCUGACACAGACUCUGGGAAGGUGCACAUCCUGCAGCCUGAAAGCGGCACAGCUGACCCUUUGCGCACCCUGGAGGUGCACUCCGAGCCUGCGCAUGCCAUCAGGUACAAUCCUUGGGUCCAUGCCUGUGUUAGUGCUGACAAAUCAGGGGCACUUGAGUUGUGGGACCCGGACACGCUGGAGAUGCCGAACAAGGAAUCACGCCCUGGAAGGCUCAGAUUUGAAAUCAAAAGUGAAACUCACAUGUACGAGCUGCGCAAAAACCAAACCCAUGCGAGCAGCCCAGACUGCUGUCGUGAUUUCCGUUUCGCAGCCUGCGUGCUUUUUCUUGGGGCAGUCGUGGCCUCCAGCGACGAUGUAGAGCGCACUCGAAUCCUGUCUGAGAUCGAGGCGCUUCGUGGCCAGCUUCGCGAGCAGCGGAGCAUCAUCCAGCAGCAGUUUGUCCAGUUGGCCGACCUUGAAGAAGAAGAGCGUCGCUUGCAAGUUGUGGGCGAUGUCACCAGUGCCACCUGGCAAACCACGAAAGCCGCGCUCGAAGGGACGGACGGCAGCAUGGCUGCUGCCAUGGACAGCCUCUGGCUUUGCUUAUGUGGCGCCCUGGUGAUGUUCAUGCAUGCUGGAUUUGCCAUGCUGGAGACUGGCUGCUGCCGCUCCAAGAAUGCGUCCAAUGUGCUGAUGAAGAAUUUGGUGAACGUUUGCGUUGGAACUCUUGGCUGGUGGAUUCUGGGCUGGGCCUUUGCUUACGGAGCUGGCAUUAACCGCUUCAUCGGCACCACAGGCUUCCUAGGAGAAGGGUUUUACACAAAAGAUGCUGCUGGCACGAUCAUUCCUUUGUCGUGUGCGAACAACGCUUGCCAGAGCACCAUGCUGAGUUGGUUCUUUCAGUGGGCCUUCUGCACAGCUGGAGCCACGAUAGUCAGUGGAGCCGUGGCUGAGCGUGUUCAGGGCCCCACCUACGCCAGCUAUGCCUUCGUCAUGACCAGCCUGAUUUAUCCGGUGAUAGUUCAUUGGACUUGGAGUGGUUCAGGCUUCCUCGGAGACAUCUUGGACGUUGGUGUUAUGGACUUUGCUGGAAGUGGCAUCGUGCACUUAACAGGUGGAGUUAGCGGUCUUGCAGGAACAAUUGUCCUUGGACCCCGAAAGGGCCGCUUCGUCAAUCCGGAAGACUUUGAGCCGCACAAUCUUCCGCUUGUUGUUUUUGGCACGUUUGCUUUGUGGUUUGGCUGGUAUGGCUUCAACCCAGGUUCAACCCUGGGAAUGCCUGAUGCUGAAACUGGUGCUUUGGCCGCGCAGGUAGCCAUGAACACCACACUUGCUGCAGCCACGGGUGGCAUCACGGUUUUCAUUUUGCGCUACGUCCUCCUCCGCAAGUACGACGUAGGCGGACUUUGUAACGGCAUUUUGGCGGGGCUGGUAUCCAUCACGGCUCCAUGCGGCAACGUUGAAUGCGGCAGUGCGUUUGCCAUUGGAUUUGUUGGUGCCUUAGUUUAUCAGAGCUCGUCUAUGCUCCUCCAGAAGUUGAAAAUCGAUGACCCCGUGGAUGCAAGCCCAGUCCACGGCUUUUGUGGAAUUUGGGGCGUGCUUGCUGCCGGCCUGUUUGACUGGGGCAAGGGCUUCGACCACUUCCAUGGCUGGAGCGGCUGGGGGUGCAUGAGUGACAGCAAUGGUUGCAAGACUGACAUCAACGGUACCGCUCUUGGUGCGCAGUUCCUUUUGAUCCUCAUGGUGAUCGCCUGGGCUGGCACCAUCUCUGCCUUGACCUUCGCCUUGCUCAAGUGGUGGGGAGCCCUGCGAAUCUCUGAGGACACUGAGGAUGUCGGGGACGUCACAUUGACUCCCAUCCAGGCCCAGAAGGAUGGCCGUCUUCGAGUCUUUCGGUUUGCGACGAUGAAGAUGGUCCGCGCGUAUGAUGAAUCCAUGGAAAUGUUCACGGCGGCACAGAGCGACCCCAACAUGGGCGACCUCCACCUGGAUAGGUUUGACUUCGGACGCCGGAUCGCGGUUGAGAAAGAAAUGCGUAAAUCUCCUGCGCAGAUGUACCAGCAGGCCGUUUUCGAUGAGUCCUGCAACUUCUUGGUCUUCACAUCGCUUAUCGGCGUCAAGAUUGUCAACCUGCACACAAACAAGCUUGUGAAGAUCCUGGGCAAGGUCGAGCAGACAGAGAGAUUCUUGGGUCUGGCCCUCUACCAGGGCAAAGCUGUGAAGAAGAAGGCAGCUCUGGGUGAGUCUGUAGUAGAAGGGGAGAAUGACCAGAAGGAGUCGGCAGACCCAAUUGCCUUGGUCACAGCGUACAAGAAAAACAGGUUCUACUUGUUCAGCACCAGAGAGCCGCCUGAAACAACGGCAGAUCUAGGAAGAGACAUCUUCAAUGAGAAGCCGAGCAAGGAAGAUGCAGCCGUGGCAGCUUCAAUCAGGACAGAAAAUCCACUUGGAAAGCAAGCCACAAUCCACACCACCAUGGGGGACAUUGUCGUGAAACUCUUCUACCAGGAGUGCCCCAAGACGGUUGAAAACUUUACCGUCCACUCCAAGAACGGCUAUUACGACAACAUCAUCUUCCACAGAGUCAUCCAGGGCUUCAUGAUCCAGACGGGAGAUCCGCAGGGUGAUGGCACUGGUGGUGAGAGUAUAUGGGGAGGUGAGUUUGAGGAUGAGUUCCAUCGCAACCUGAAGCACGAUCGUCCCUUCACUCUUUCCAUGGCCAAUGCAGGGCCAAACACCAACGGCUCCCAAUUCUUUGUCACCACGGUGCCAUGUCCGUGGCUGGACGGCAAGCACACAGUCUUCGGGCGAGUGUUGCAGGGUAUGGAUGUGGUUCAAAACAUUGAGAAGACGCAAACGAACUGUGAUGACAGGCCCCUGGUGGACAUCAAGAUCAUGGCUAUCAAGAUUAUCAGCUAA